GGGGCAAGUCUGAACAAAGGUGGCAUUUAUAAGAAGGUGAAAGUUUGUCAAUGCGGCAGUGUGCGUGUGUGUGUGUGUGACUCAGAUGCCUGUAUGAGAGAUGGGACUGUUCCAUAAACACAUAUAGUGUGAUAAGUGUCAUAUAGAUACAGUCGGCGCCUCACGACAACAGCGCAUUUGCACAGGAAAACCCCAAUCUUCAGAUAUAUCGGAGCGGUAGAUAGAGACAGCGCUCCAAACAGGAAACCUAUGCCUUUCUUGCUGAGAAGCAGUCCUAACUGCACUCAUAGUCACCUGCUCUGCAUCAGCAGGCACUCAAGAGACCUGCCAGGUGCCUGGAGACAACAUGAGUACUACGGCGUAUACAACAGAAUUCUACGAAUACUACUCCGAUUCCCCAGACACACCCUGUUUCCUGAACACAUCUGCCACUUUGGGAACGGCCAUCCGCCCGCUGGUGCUGUGGACGGUGUGUGUGGUGGGGUCGCUGGGCAAUGGGCUGGUUCUGUGGGUGCUGCUACUGCGUCGCGUGCGAAGCAUGGCUGACGUGUGCCUGCUCAACCUGGCGCUGGCCGACCUGCUGCGCGCCCUGCUCCUGCCCCUCUGGACCCUCACGGGCGCGGGCAGCGACGCCCUCUGCAAGGCCAGGACCGGCAUGUACCAGCUGGGCUUCGCCAGCGGCCUACUCUUCGUCACGCUAAUGAGCCUGGACCGUUACCUGGCCAUCGUGCACGCCGUGGCGUCCUCCGCCAUGCGCAAGCUGCAGUCCAGCCUCCUGGCCAGCGCGGUCGUCUGGGCAACCGCCAUCAUGCUAGCCCUGCUCAAGGCCGUCUUCGCCGUGAGCUGGGAUGGGCAAUGCAGAAUGGACUACCCCCCUGAGACAGCCUCAACGUGGAAACUCGUGCACAACUUCAGCGAUAUCGUCUUGUGCCUCGGGCUCUGCCUGCCCGUCGUUACCUUCUGCUACGUCAGGAUCCUGGUGGUGGUGCGGCGCCAAAAGAGCGCCAAGAGGGGCCGCGCCGUGCGCCUCAUCUUCGCCAUCGUGUGUGUGUUCGCCGUGUUCUGGGUGCCCUACAACGUGGCGGUGCUCCUGCAGACUCUACACACCACGCAGGGGCUGUGGGACUGGUGCGAGGCCUCCCAGAAGCUGGCGCUGGCCGUGGAGGUGACGGAGAUCAUCACGCUCACACACUGCUGCGUCAACCCCAUCAUUUACGCCUUUGUGGCGGAGAAGUUCAGGAAGAGCUUCACCCUUGUGUUUGCCAGGCAUCCUCUUUGCGUGAAAUUCUGCCCACGGCUUGAACCUGUGACAACUACUUACUCCAAACCCUCAGACAAUGACACCUCAAACACAGCUGUGUCAUCGUCACGCUUAGAAUAAGCUUUGAAUUGUCAAAAUUAAAUGUAGUCAAAACAAUAUAGACCGUAUACAUAGAUGUGAGUGUGUGCGUGCGUGCGUGUGUGCAUGAGUUAGUGUGUGAGAGAGAGAGCGAGUAGAUUUAUAAUUGUAAUGUGAUUUUCUGUAUUGCUGUUUUUGUAUAUUUGGGUGUUUUCAGGUCAUGUACUGUAUAUACUUUGUAUAAUAAAUCAGAAUAUACCAUAAUGGAUAAAA